AAAAUAACAAUCGGGAAAGACAGUUCUGCAUUUUCCGAUCAUGUAAGAUCUUUCGUUUAGGGCACAUUCCUAGAUUAUAAUCGUUUAUUUUCCUUCUGUUUUUUUAUUUUCCUUGCUCCUGACCCGGAAGGAUUUGCAAGAAACUAGUUUUGACUUAAGGUUCCGACCCGAGUCUAGUGUUUCUUUUUAACGAAUUUAUUUUUAUUUUUUUAUCUGCCGACAAUAUUUUCAUAUACAUGUUUCCAUUUUAAUGCCUAUUGACUCCACAACCGCACUAUUAUAAAACAUCUAACCUUUGAUUUUAUUGGUAGCACCAUAAAAAGUGCAGGAUAUGAAGCAGUUUUUUUUCUCAUGCAAGUUUCAUAAAAUUACAAGAAAAACAUGAUGUGGAGGGAGGGGUAAAGAGGAACAUGCAGUCUUACCACAAUAAGAGCAUGCCACUGUUACCUUCAUGGAAGAGUGUAAGCUGGCCUCCCUGUCCCACCCCCCCAUUACAAGAGUGGUGGAUUCCACCAAGUUGACUCACUGCAACAGCCAAUCAGAAUCCUUGCCUGACUGUAUGAGAUGUUUAAGCCCAACCUUAUCAAGUGGAGACAUGAAGGCUGAAUCUAUGACUGGAAGCACAGACUACACAGGGGUGGAGCCAAAGGCAAGACUCAACAGAAGUGACGACAUAGAAGAGAGGACAGAGUGGAAGACUUUAUCUGAGAUUACCCAGGAGGAACAAGACAGACUAUCCAACAUGAAGGAGGAAGUGGAGGAAUGUGAGGAGAGGCAGAGUGUGAAAAUGGAGAGAGAAGAUGGUGUGAUGGUUGACAAGGGACUCGGGAGGGAGCAAGAAAAAGCAAGGGAUGAACAGAAGGUGAAGGGUGUAGCUUAUCUAUCCUGUCAGAAUUUUGAGAAGAAUGGAGUGAAAUCAGAAUACGGUCAACAGGACAUGGAGGAGGUGUCCAAUCUGGUCACUGCCUGCCUGCUGAAUCAGCCAAGAGUGCUGAUUCGCAGAAUAACAGGUAAUUCAGAGUCACUACGUCCCUUUGCCAGGAAACACCAGUCAGCUUCAUCAGAGAAUGGGCUCUGUCUUGAAGCCUCCCAUCACCCUACAGAUGUCUCCCGAAGGAACCAGGACACAGGACAAACUGUUGAAGCACCGUCUGAGGUCUUUGCCUGCUCUCAGUGCCCGUUUGUUCACACAGAGGAAGUUAAACUUCACCAGCACUUAAAAAAGGUUCACGCAGACAAGCUCAGAGAGACUCUGGUCUCUGGAAGGAGUGGAGCCACCGUUACCUUCAUGGAAGAGUGUAAGCUGGCCUCUCUGUCCCACCCCCCCAUUACAAGAGUGGUGGAUUCCACCAAGUUGACUCACUGCAACAGCCAAUCAGAAUCCUUGCCUGACUAUAUGAGAUGUUUAAGCCCAACCUCAUCAAGUGGAGACAUGAAGGCUGAAUCUAUGACUGGAAGCACAGACUACACAGGGGUGGAGCCAAAGGCAAGACUCAACAGAAGUGACGACAUAGAAGAGAGGACAGAGUGGAAGACUUUAUCUGUGAUGACCCAGGAGGAAGACAGACUGUCCAACAUGAAGGAGGAAGUGGAGGAAUGUGAGGAGGGGCAGAGUGUGAAAAUGGAGAGAGAAGAUGGUGUGAUGGAUGAUAAGGGACUUGGGAGAGAGCAACAAAAAGCAAGGGAUGAACAGAAGGGGAAGGGUGUAGAUUAUCUAUCCUGUCAGAAUUUUGAGAAGAAUGGAGUGAAAUCAGAAUAUGGUCAACAGGACAUGGAGGAGGUGUCCAAUCUGGUCACUGCCUGCCUGCUGAAUCAGCCAAGAGUGGUGAUAGGAAUAACAGGUCAUUCAGAGUCACCACGUCCCUUUGCCAGGAAACGCCAGUCGGCUUCAUCAGAGAAUGGGCUCUCUCUUGAAGCCUCCCAUAACCGUACAGUCAUCUCCCCAAGGAACCAGAACACAGGACAAACUGUUGAGGCAUCGUCUGAGGUCUUUGCCUGCUCUCAGUGCCCAUUUGUUCACACAGAGGAAGUGAAUCUUCACCAGCACUUGGAAAAGGUUCAUGCAGAGCAGCUCAGAGAGACUGUGGUGUCUGGAAGAAGUGGAGCCGAGAACCCAUCAAACAGCAGAACACCGCAGUGCUCCAAAGCCCCUGAGACACUGCCCAUCCCAACACAGUCCCACACAGGCACUUCAGGGGCCCACAAAUGCCCCCAGUGUGGGAAGAGCUUCCUAACCAAGUCACGACUAACAGUCCACCAGAAAACCCACACAGAGGGGCGGCCAUACCUCUGCUCCCAGUGUGGGAAGAACUUCAAAACAAAAUCAGGAUUGAUUGUCCACACACGAACACAUACAGGGAAACUGCCAUACCUCUGCUCCCAGUGUGGGAAGAGUUUUGUUUCGCCAUCACACCUGACGACACACCAGCGAACCCAUACAGGAGAAUGCCCAUACCACUGCUCCCAGUGUGGAAAGAGCUUCAAAUCAAAAAAAGGAUUGAUAGUCCACACACGAACGCAUACGGGGGAACGCCCCUACCACUGUUCCCACUGUGGGAAGAACUUCAAAGCAAAAUCAGAAUUGACAGUCCACACACGAACACAUACGGGGGAAUGCCCCUACCAAUGCUCCCAGUGUGGGAGGAACUUCAAAGCAAAAUCAGAAUUGACAGUCCACACACGAACACAUACGGGGGAAUGCCCCUAUCAAUGCUCCCAGUGUGGGAGGAACUUCAAGUCAAAGACAAAUUUGACAGUCCAUACACGAACGCAUAGCGGGGAACGGCCAUACCGUUGUUCCCAGUGUGAGAAGAACUUCAAAUCAAAAUCAGAAUUGAAAAUCCACACAAAAAUCCAUUCAGGGGAACGCCCAUACCACUGCUCCCAGUGUGGGAAGAGCUAUCUCUCAUCGUCGCACCUGAGCAGACACCAACUAAUCCAUACAGGGGAACGGCCAUACCAGUGCUCCCAGUGUGGAAAGAACUACAAGUCAAGAUCUGGAUUCACAUAUCACCAGCAAAUUCACACAGGAGAAUGCCCAUACCACUGCUCCCAGUGUGGAAAGAGCUUCAAAUCCAAAAAAGGAUUGAUACUCCACACACAAAGGCAUUUGGUGGAAUGCCCAUACCACUGCUCCCACUGUGAAAAGAGCUUCAAAUCUGAAUAUGAAUUGACAGUCCACACACAAAGCCGUAUAGGGGAGUGGCUAUACCGCUGCUCCCAGUGUGGGAAGAACUUAAAAUCAAAAUCAGAAUUGUCACUUCACACAAGAAGGCAUAUACGGUGGAAUGCCCAUACCACUGCUCCCAGUGUUGGAAAAAAUUCAGAUCAAAAACAGGACUGAAAAUCCACCAACUAACUCACACAGGGGAAGGGCCAUACUACUGCUCCCAGUGUGAAAAGAGCUUCAUUUCAAAAUCAGUUGAAACCAGUCUCCUUGUGCUCGUGUUUCCAGUUUCGUCAUGGAACCCUGCCACUCUACAAUAUAAUUUCAUUCUAUU